CCUGAGUUUAAGAAAAAAUAAAAAUGAAAUACUUGAUACUUGAUGUCACAUUUUUUGCAUCAGUGUUCAAGUAUGUGUUACUUAUUACAUUGGAAGAUGAUCCAAGUUUGUGGCCUGGUCAUAUGGAGCCAUUUGCAGCUAAGCAAAAGCAUGUCGAAGUUGAGGUUUUAAACGAAUGGCCCUCUCCCAUUGAUUUCUUUGAAAACUUUUUGGAUAAAAGUAGACCAGCUCUGUUUAAAGGUUUGGCAAAACGGUCACCUGCUUAUAAACUUUGGGAUGAUGAAUAUUUGGCUAAUCAUCCAGGUUCAGAUAAAGAGAUGGUUUACUGUGAACCUGAAAAGAAAGAAAAUAGAACAAAGGAGGGGAAAGAAGUUACAUUAAAGGAGUUUAUUAGUAUAUAUCAUAAUGAGUCAAUCUACAUGGUUAACGGUGUACCCCAGAAUGUACAGAAAGAUGUUUUAAUGCCACCACCUUUGCGGUGUGAAGAGACCAGAAAGUAUAUGCUUGAUGCUGUCACUUGGUUUAGUUCUGGAGGGACAAAAUCAGUUGUUCAUGCUGAUGACCUUGACAAUGUAAACUGUUUAUUUCGUGGAUCAAAAAAACUCAUUUUUGUGGAACCGAAGUAUAGAAAACAUAUACCCAUUGACACCAAUGCCGGGUAUUCAUCUCUGGAUGUGGAAAAAGUAGAUUUUACAAAAUAUCCAUCAUUGCGAGAAGUUGAACAGUAUGUUGUUGCUGAUAUGGUGGAGGGUGAUUGUUUGUUUAUUCCAUACAGAUGGAUACAUCAAGUGAAUUCAGUUGCUAAUGAGAAAGGACAAAAUGUGGCAGUAAACAUCUGGUUCAAGCAUACACGAAAUCAUCGCCCACAAAAGUGCGACAUUCCUGAGGAUGAAGCAACUAUAGAUAAAUACAAAUUUAAAGACUUGGAAAAAUUGAAAGCUCAAAAGAGCGAUAACAAAUUGGACCUAGAAGAGACUGUAAAAGAAGAGGAAGAAAACAUGGAUUCAUCUAGUUUGGCGGCCACAUAUGAAGGGUACCUUGAGUUGACGCAAAAGAAGCGUGCUAAUUUCAAGACAUUUUAUGCCAUUUUAAAAAAGGAUCCGAAUUUAAGUCCCAAAGACUUAACAGAAGUUGAUUUACCUGCAGCAUUUGAAAAGUUGGCAAAAGAGCUGUUUAACACUCUGGAUAUUACUCAAAAUGGAAUAGUCAAUGUGAAUGAUUUUGAUAUGGCUGAAGAAGAAGAAAACAGAGAUAGUUUUGAUGAAGCGUUGGACGAGCACCACUCUAAACUAAAGACAUUUUUAAAAGAAUUUUUUACUGGCAAAGAUGAAGAUAUGCAAGUACAAAUUUGGGUAAUCAUAUUUUUACUCUCCUGUGUUCAUAAUGGUGUAGGCAUUCCAAUUGAUGAUCCAAGUACAUGGCCUGGCCAUCUUGAACCAUUUGGAUCUAAGCAAAAAACUGUAGAUAUUGAAACUUUGUACUCCUGGCCAUCUCCAAAAGAAUUCUUCAAAGAAUAUGUGGAUAAAUGCAAACCAGCGCUUUUCAAAGGUGUUUACAAAAAUUCUAAGGGGACUCACACAUGGAAUGAAGAAUACUUAGGAGAUCAUGAAUUAUCGGAAAAGUCUGUUGUUUUUGUGGAACCAAACGUUAAAGAAAACAGAUCAGCGAAACCUUUUGAAAUGUUAUUCAAGGAGUUUAUUGAAGCAUAUCACAAGGAGCCCAUUAUAAUGUUUAGUGCUGUACCGAACCAUUUCAAAAAAGAUUUACUUCUUCCUUCACCGCUUAAAUGUAAUGAGACCACAAAACAUUUGGUAAAUGCGAAUUUAGUUUUUAGCCGUGGUGGUUCAAAGACUGUGGUUCAUAAUGAUGAUGUUGAGACCAUAUACUGUGCUUUACAAGGAACUGUCGAUGUUCUUUUAAUUGAGUAUACUAGAAACAAGAAUUAUGUUAUUGAUCAACCUCAAGGUGGCUAUUCCUCACUUGAUGUUGAUAGAAUUGAUUACACAAAAUAUCCUGAACUGCGUAAAGUUGAUCAAUACGUCAAAGCUCAUUUGCAGGAGGGUGAUUGUUUUUAUACACCAUACAGGUGGUAUAAGCAAAUAAAUGGUCACGCAAAUUACUACCAGCGAAAUAUUGCAUUAAAUGUUUGGUUUCGACAUCUGCAUGAUCAUGUUCCCACAGAUUGUUCUAUUGCAGACGAAGAUGCAACUUUAGAUAAAUUUCAUUACUCUGACGAGAAAGAGAUAGAAAAUCCUAUCGAGGAGAAGAAGAAGAGGAAGACGAAAAGUGAUGGCAGGAUGCACCAUGAAAAAUUUACAGGAGAUGAUGAAGAAGAAGAUGAAGGUGAUGAUAAAGAUACUGAUGAAGAAGCUGAAUUUGAUGGAUUAUUGGCUCACUUUCACAAAUACCUGGUUUUAUCAAAAGGAAAACACUUAUUGUUAUCAGAUUUUUCAAAAAUCCUUAAAAAGGAUGAAAAGUUAUCACAGCAAAGUCACAAAGGGUUGUCGUUUCCAGGGACAUUUGAUGUUCUUACAACUGAGCUAUUUCAGAGGUUAGAUAUUAAUAAUGACACAACACUUGGUAAUGAUGACUUUGAAAUUUUGCGAAGAAAUGAAAGCGUUGCAAGUAGAUUGCAUCAGUAUCUGGAGUAUCAAACUGCAAGAAUUGAAGAUUACAUUGAAGAUCUUGUAGAGGCAAAUCAUCAUGAUGAACCUAUGCAUUUAUUUGAGGAAAGAAUGAAAGAGAAAUUUCGUUCAGAAAGAAAAUUCGAUGAAUUAUAGGGAAAAAAAAGAAAUUUGAAUUUUUUAAUUUUAAAGAUUAUUUGUAACUAUUAUAUUUAUAUUGGCUUUUGUUUUUUUGUUUUUUAUACUUAACUGUGAUGGGUUGCUCGUAAACAAGUGACAUCUUCUUUAGUUGUGUUUUGUAUUUUUAUCAAAUAACAUAUUAUUAAAUGUGCUCUUCGAACAUGGUGAUAUAAAUAUAAAAGUGAAAGUGUUUUAAAAGAUGUGUAUAUUACAGUGUAUGUAAAAGUUUUGUUGUAAUUUUGUUUAAAUAGAAAAGUGAAACAAGA